AAGGACCCUGAGGUUUGGUCUCUUAUCAGUUGCAAUUAUUCAAAAAUAUAUUACUAAUUAAAUCUAGAUAUCCUUCCUUUACAAAAGUGUUGACCAACAAAACUUGUUUUCCUAAUCAUUUCACUGCAAUAUUUCCAAAUUGAAUCUCUUACAUGUACCACUCACAAGCCUAAACAUGGCAUCCCACCCAUGUACCACUCACAAGCCUAAACAUGGCAUUUGGUAUACAUUUCCCGAAAACUGAACGUUUUGUGUUUUCCAUGCAGCCACCAAAGUUUGAAUUUUAUGAUCCAAAGACACCUUUCUAUACAUCUCCAAGAUUCUUGCCUCCUACCAAAGUUGAUAAAUGCAAGAUUGUUGAUGCCAUAAUUUCACAUGGUUGUUUCUUGCGAGAAUGUAGUAUACAAUACUCUUGCGUCUGGAGUCUGGCGUUGAGCUUAAGGUGAUUCAACAUCUUCUACUUCCCAUAGAAAAGUAUCUAACAAGGGCUUAUAGUACCUCUUUUUUAUGAUAAACUGCAUUUUAGAAGCAGGACUCACUUUCUGGUCCUAUACUUUUUUA